AUGGGUGAUGAGUCAGUACCAUUUUUACUGGACCAAGGAACCACUAAAACAUAUCAAAUACCUAUUGGUCAUCUGGACUACAAGUUCAUUGAAAAAUGCACAGAUGUUAAACACCUGGAAAAGAUUCUCAGGGUAUUAAGGUCUGGUGAAGAGGGAUAUUAUCCUGAACUUAUAUUGUUUUGUGAAAAGCGUAUUGAGCAUUUGGAUCCAGGGAGCAGAGCUCUGAGAAAAGAUCGGCCUGCAGCCACAGCUUCUGAUUUCACAGCUGAAGAGUGGAAAACAAUUAGUGAUGAACUGAUGAGCUGGGUGACAGAAAUGAAUGAUGAUGAUGAUGAUAAGAAACCACAGUUCCUGAGAACAGACACACUGCAUGAAAGACAAGAUAACUUGCCUCCUAUUCGUUGUUCCAGCAGCUGUCUUCCUGCUAAUCAGAACAUAAAAUGGUUCGAUGUGGAAAAGGAGUGUUCUAAAAUUGAUGAAGGCUGUGAAGAAAAUAACUCAAAAGCAAGAUUCUUUAGUAGGCCAAGUCUGCCUAUAAUCAAAAAGAAAAUAGACACAACUGAGUGUGAAUACAAAUUGAGGAAGCAAUUUAUUGAGACAGAGAAAGAGAAGAUUUUUAUUGCUACUCGUGAAAAAGAAAAGGGCAAUGAAGCCUUUGCCAUUGGGGAUUAUGUGGAAGCAGUGACAUAUUACAGUCGGAGUAUAUCAGUAAUACCCACUGCAGCUGCAUAUAAUAACAAAGCUCAAGCAGAAAUCAAACUUCAGGACUGGGAUAGCGCGUUGCAGGAUUGUGAGAAGGUACUAGAUAUGGAACCUGGCAACGUAAAAGCUCUGAUGCGCCGUGCCACUGUACACAAUCAGCUGCAGAAUUACCAGACAGCUAUAGAGGAUCUGAACAAAGUAUUAUGUGUUGAACCAGAAAAUGCUAUAGCUAAGAAAAAUCUGCUAGAGAUUGAAAAGAAACUGAAAGGUUUAAAGCCUGUAUCUGAGACUCAAGGCAAAGGAAAAAGAAUACUUAUUCAAGAUAUAGAGGAUUCAGAAGGUGAUGAAGAAAGAGGGGAAAAUACAGAAGAAUGUGAAAGAAGCGGUGGCAAUAAAAAAAUUGGCGUGCCAGUAAGAGGAGAGGCGGCUACGGAGGAGGCAGAAAUGGGGAACGCGCAGAGAAAGUUUCACAGCAAGGGAGGUGGCAGUAAGGCGGAGGACAGAGAGACACAGAAGCAGAAGGAAUCCACUGAGAGCGGAUUAAAAAAAGGCACGGCGGAGAAAAAAGCACAAAAGCAUUUGUCAGACCGUGAAGGUGAAGUUAAUGGCUAUUUACACAGUGAUGAAAAGAGUGAAAGCCCUGAAGCUGAGAAGAUCUCCAGAUCACAUGGAGCAGGGUCUCAGUCGGCUGGUGGUGGCACCUCUACUUCACUUCCUCCUACUGCAGCAAAACUAAAAAGUGAAGGAAACGAGUUAUUUAAGAGUGGACAGUUUGGAGAGGCUGUGCUCAAAUACUCGGAAGCAAUUGAAUAUGUCAUAGGUCUAGGAGAACAAAGUCCAGAUGAUUUAAGUAUCUUGUACUCAAACAGAGCAGCAUGUUACCUCAAAGAAGGCAACUGCAGUGACUGCAUUCAGGAUUGUAACAGAGCUCUGGAGCUUCAGCCAUUUUCCCUUAAGCCACUUCUACGACGAGCAAUGGCAAAUGAGUCUGUGGAGCGGUAUCGACAGGCAUAUGUUGAUUAUAAAACAGUCCUACAAAUAGACAGCAGCAUCCAAGCAGCAAAUGAUAGUGCUAAUAG